CGAGCCAGCCACGGACCAUACAAGAACGUAGUCAUCCAUCUGUUUCAGGUGACGCUCACCAGGAGCAGCAUGGACAGGAACCAGGUAGAUGCUUCCCAGAGUACUGGAUUGACUGAAGCUGGUAAGGUGCCUGAAGGCGAGGAGGUGGGGCAGGAGGUGCAGGGGCAACCUCAGCAGCAGGGACAACAACCUUCGGAGUCGCGAGAGGAAGAGCAGGAGGGAGAGGAGCAGGAAAGUGCGACCGUCUUCAUGCCAUCAAGCCCUCGAGUAGAGGCCGAUGAACCUGAGAGUGGGAUAGCUGAGGCAGUAGACGGCCAAAACGGUAAUCAAGAUGGCAACGCAAAGGUUGGUGGCACAGAGACGCCUCCUGUGGCGCAGGCUCUGUCAACUUCGCCGCAGCCUCAGCAGCAAGCAAAGGCGUCAGCGACAGUGCCCAAGGAGCAAUCGAGUAUGAAAGCGGAUCUCUCUUCGACUGCUGAUCCAACAAAAGCGGCAGCGUCCGUAGCCCCUCCAACCUUGGCCGCAGAAACCUCGGCAACUGCGAAGGCGCCCGCGCCUUAUGAUUUCUCGACCAGUGUAAAUGGACUCCAGGCGGCGCCAACAUCCUCGCUUCGAGAUGGUCCGGAGGAGUACAGAGCAUCGCUUCGAGCUCGGAUCGAACGUGAGCGUCGGGAUGGCGAUGCAUGGCUUGCCUUGAUCGAGGAAGCUAGCUCCAGAGCAGACCUCGAAGGCAUCCGGAAGAUCUACGAGGACUUUUUUGUCGUUUUCCCCAAUGCGGCCCGGCAAUGGCAAGACUACGCCUCGCUCGAGCUGUCGCAUUCUGAGUUUUCAAACGUCGAAAACAUCUUCACCCGCUGCUUGCGGUCCACGCCGUCAACAGAGCUCUGGCGCCUGUACCUCUCCUACACCCGAAGGGUGAAUCCUGUACCCCCGUCAAGCGGCGGACCGGGAGGAAAUGACGAGCGGGAGAGAGUGCGAAAGGUCAUCGAGGGCGCGUACGAAUUCGCCUUGAAGUUCAUUGGGCAAAGUCGGGAUGCUGGUGAGGUGUGGAAGGAAUACAUCGCAUUUCUAAAGGAACGGGAGACCAACAACCAAUGGGAAGCGGGCCAGAAGAUGGACGACGUCAGAAGGACCUAUCAAAGAGCCAUUGCAGUGCCCUUGUCCAACGUCGAGCAGAUCUGGAGGGAGUACGAUGCUUACGAAAAUGGCCUGAAUCGCGUUACGGCCAAGAAGUUCCUCGCCGAGCGCUCACCUGCAUACAUGACGGCAAGGACCGUCUUUCGGGAGAUGAAGACCCUGACCGAUAACCUUUACCGGCCCGUUCUUGCAAAGGUGCCCUGCUUCGCUGCGGCACCCAAGACGAUGCCCCUCGUGACGCCCGACACCAUUGUGCAGGAUCGAGCGCAGUUCGACGAGUGGAAGAGAUACCUGCAAUGGGAAGAGAGCAAUCCACUGCAACUAGAAGAUGCACAGGUUCUGUAUGCUCGAGUGUCGAUGGCAUAUCGGAAAGCUACGAUGCACAUGCGAUUCUUUCCUGAGGUUUGGUACAUGGCCGCCAAUCAUUCUGCCUCAGUAGGCCGACUUGAUGAAGCAGCAUCCUUGCUUCAACAGGGAAUGGAGGCUUGCACAGGCAGCUUCCUUCUCCACUUUGCCUUUAUUGAGCAGGCCGAGGCGCGAGAACAGACGACAGAGUGUGGAGCGAUCUUCACCAGCCUCGUCGACUGGGUGCAUGCGCAGAUCCAUGGCCUCGAGGACGCACUCGAGGAGGCAAUCAAGGCCAUUGACGUCGAAGGGGAGAGAUACAAGGCCGAGACUGAAGCGAGGCGGCGCGACGAAGGAGCAUCGGACGAGAUCGAAGGGGAAGAGAGAGAGGAAGUGCGCAAGAUGGAGGAAGAGAGAGAGCGUCGAAGGAACGAAGAGCGAGAAAGAGUCAAGCCAACGGUCGAGGAGCUCAAAGAGAGCGCAGCGUUGGUAUGGAUCAAGUAUAUGCACUUUGUCAGGAGAACAGAGGGCCUCCGAGCUUGCCGGUCCAUCUUUGGGAGAGCACGAAAGAGCCCUUUAUGCACCUGGCAGGUCUUCGAGGCCAACGCAUUGAUGGAGUACCACUGCUCCAAGGAUGUCAAGGUCGCCACCAAGGUCUUUGAGCUUGCACUAAAGUCUUACGGUGGCGAUGAAGCCUUUGUGGUACGGUAUCUCGAUUUUCUCAUCUCGAUCAACGACGACAACAAUGCUCGGGCGCUUUUCGAGCGGACAGUGCACAACUUUUCGCCUGAAAGGGCGAGGCCAAUUUGGGAGAGAUGGUACCAAUUUGAGUACACCUUUGGCGAUCAUGCCUCCAUUGCAAAGAUUGAUGCGCGCCUCAAAGAGAUAUACCCUGAAGAGCCGCCGAUCGAUCGUUUCGUCGAGCGAAGCAGGUACAUGGACAUUGACGUCGUCAGCAGUCGAGACCUCGGCUACCAGCCCAUGCUAGAAGGUUCCAAUGCCGCAGAAAGGGCCGUGGCCGCUUCGAGAGAUAUGGGUGCCAGGAUGGAAUACGCUUCGUCGUCGUUGCCAUCGACGCAAUUGCAGCCUCCCACCGGUCCUGCCGCAGACAACUACCCUGCCUCGACGUCGGGUCCCCCGCUGAAGCGCGUCCGCUUCAACCGAGAGGGUGGCUCGCCAACACCACCCCCUCCUUCAGGCCCCUCGGCAGAUGCAGGUGACAGAAGGCGACAGCCGGCAGGGUUCCGAAGGAGCGCGAGUCCGCCAAGCCGAUUUGUACCACCACCUCGAGAGGGCAACCAGCCAACGCCGCCACAGAAUCAUGCCCCAGUGCGGGGCCCUCCACCACAGCAGAGCGUCUAUCUUGAGAUCCCAGAGGUGGUCCUUCACUUUAUGAGCAUUUUGCCAAUGACUGCCGCAUUUGAUGGCCCUCGUUUCCAGCCUGAAGACAUUGUUGAAUGUCUGGUCCGGUCCAAUUUGCCCAUGGCUUCCGGUGGCUUUCCGCAGCAGCAAGGCAACCUACCGAGACCAAUGCGAGGCGGUCGAAGAGGAGGAGUCCGUGGUGGGAGACGCUUUUAGAGCGAUAACGCUCGAUAAGAAAGAGAGGUUGUUCUCAAUUACGGCAACCUUAAACAAACAUCUACAUUCAUCGUUCACAAAGAAGAGCAUCCCCCUUGCUACCAAUGGAAUGCUAGGAUGUGCGCUCUUUGACAA